AUGGCCUCUCACCAUGUGAUCACGGUCCAGCCCCAGUUUUCGGCUGCCCCACGGCCAGGCGAGUGGCAGACAGGGCUCAUGAGCUGCUGCUCUGACUGCGGCGUGUGUAUUUGUGGAGCCUUCUGCUUCACCUGCCUGGGGUGCCAGGUGGCUGCAGACAUGGAUGAGUGCUGCCUGUGUGGGUCCAGCGUGGCCAUGAGGACGCUCUACCGCACCAAAUACAACAUCCCGGGCUCCAUUAUGGAUGACUGGGCAGCCGUGGCGUUCUGCCCUAUGUGUGCACUCUGCCAGCUGAAGAGAGACAUCAAGCGGAGGAAGGAGCAGGGCAUAUUCUGGUAA